AUGGCGGAAAAAACAAAGACAGAUGACGAGGCGAUGGAAGACCUCGUUCAGUAUCUCGAGAAAGGGUACACUACACCCCACGAUUGGGCGCCCGCCUUGUCAAUUUUCUUCAAGGCACUGGCAAUGAAGCACUUCACCCCCGUUGCCCUUGUAGAGGGCAAGGACCUUACAUUCAAGAGUUUGAUGAGGCUGUUGAGGGAUUUGUCGAUGGACCGUAAUGCGAGCAUGUUCAUGGGCAUCUCCAUUACUACCUCUACGUUGCGUCAAAGAUUCCCUUCAUACUACGCUCAAGACGUCAAGGCCGAUGUAUUCGACUUCGAGACCAACAGUGCCUACACCCUUCGUAUCACCGAGGACACUCCAACUUCCGAGCUCAGUUACCUUACUCUCAACGGCAAGGGCCCUGCUACGGUUACUGUCAGCGUCCAGAGGAAAGAGGAUGCUACUGCCAGCGAGGCCAAAUCGGAGGGUUAG